GGCUUGCCUAUCGUGGUGACCCAACCGAGCUAUAUUGGCUGGGACAUAUGUUCCUGUAGGUUCUACCAUGCCGGGCAGGUCGAUUGGAGAACGGUAAGACUAAAAGCAGCAACUCAAGGUCUGAGGACGAAGUCGUACUGCUGACUGUAGAAGGGUGUGACAACAGUAAGGUGUUUGCCUCGGACAACCAGCAUCUGCAGCGAUGCUGCCUUUUCACAAGGAAGAAAGGAGUUAGAAAAGGUCGACCCUGAAAAUGUCACAUCUCACCUUACCCCACCGAUUUCCGUCUCCGGCGGUAAAGCCCUUUAAAGAAAGGAGUUAACAUAUCAAAAACCUCCCACAAAAUGGCUGUGCGUGACCGACCUCAAACAGCUGCCCCUUGGGCUCUGCGGUCACUCUCCGAGGUUGUUAAGAUCAACAUUAAUCUAACUUCAUUUUCAGGUCCGUCAAGAAAUACCCUUUCAUCGUAUGGGCAGCUGGGAAGUGAUAUCGACCCUCAUACUCGUAACAACACACGAAACCAAGUUGGUCACAAUCAAGUCCUUCCUACACCUAAUAACUCUCUUAUCUCCACGACUAACCCUUCUCACGUCCUUUUAUCACCUUGCACCGCUAGGGCAAACGAUUCGAGUACGCGGAACGUUAUUCCCAGUUUCCUGAAACCACGCUCUAAACUACAUGUAUAAACUUUUAACGUCCGAACAUUGUGCCAAAUAGGACAACAGACUUCCUUAGCUAGAACUUUGGAAUCUCGUACCAUCGAUGUGUGCUGCGUCUCGGAAACGCGCAUACAGGAUCCCAGUAGCGUCAUUCCUUUGACCUCAUCAUGUCAAAAUAAAGAACCAACUCAAUCCACAUUUCGUGUAUCUGGAAGCCCUGAUGCCGCUUCCCGUGGCCUCGCUGGCGUGGGUAUAGCAUUGAGUCCUAGGGCAGAUCUUGCUCUUUUCGACUGGAUCCCAGUAGACAGUCAUCUGUGCGCUGUCCGACUGAACGGAUCAGUAAGGACUCGGGAAGAUAGGGAAACUCGUUGUUGCCUCUUCGUCAUCUCUGCCUACUUUCCCACCGACUGCAGCUCAGAUGAUGUAAAAGAUGAGUUCUACAGAAAGCUUUCAGACCUCCGAAAAGCUAGGCGUUCUGAUGUAGUAAUAGUGGCUCGUGACCUUAAUGCUCAAGUAGAUAAACUAUGCGAAUGGGGAAGACACCUGGGUGGAUCUUAUGGUGUCGUGGCUCAAAAAACAGAUAGUGGCGAUCGUCUGUUGCAGCUAUGCUCAGAUAACCCCUUGUUUCUUGCAAAUACUAACUUUAAACACAAGGAAACACAUCUUUUGACAUGGCGACCCCCGAAUUCGUCCCAACGUUGGACCCAACUAGAUCACAUCGCUAUUAGCCACCGAUGGAGGGGCUCGAUAGAAGACUCGCUCAUUCUGGAGCACAUGCUUAGAUUCAGAUCAUGCUCUAGUGCGAGCACGUAUCCGUUUGCGUUUUACUGGACGUAGGAAAGACGCUGCAAAGAAGCUUCUUAGGGUUCUACUCAGUGAUAAGCAAGCUAGGAAUAUAUUUCAGGAACAACUAGGAAAACAGUUAGGCAGCCAUGCAAGUUGUGCCCACCCCGAGGCAGCGUGGAAUGACAUCCGAAAAGCUGUGGAAACAGCAUUGAUAUCUGCUAGUACCGUAAACCAUAAGGUUAGGGAGAAACACUGGAUCUCAGCAGCAUCUACCGCACUGAUAGAUGCUCGAAAACCAUCUGGCUCUGACAGGUUUACCCUUGAGAUUUUUAAAGAUGGCGGUCCAGUAUUAGCAGAGAGAUUGACUGACGUCUUAGGUAGAAUCUGGGAUCUGGACGUAAUUCCAUCUGACUGGUCCCAAUCACUGAUCGUGCCAGUCUAUAAGAAAGGAAAGAAGUCUUUUUGUGACAAUCACAGAGGAACCAGUUUAAUAUAGUGUCUAAAAUAUUAGCUUUAGUAUUACUUGGGCGCCUAACCAAAGCUCGUGCAGAGCAGACUAGAGAAAACUAGGCUGGUUUUCGACCUGGACGUGGUUGUAUAGACCAGGUAUUCACUCUACGUCAGGUUCUAGAACAUAGACAUACAUUCAGACGCCCCACAAUCGUAGUAUUUUUCGACCUUAAGGCGGCAUUUGACACUGUUGAUUUUGAGGUUCUGUGGCAGUGUUUGUCACUGAAAGGAGUACCAAAGAAGUACAUUAACCUUAUAAACGCUCUCUACUCGAACACAACUGGCCGAGUGAGAGCUUAUGAUGAACUGUCAUCAGAAUUGGUUACCUCAAGUGGUGUUCGUCAGGGCUAUCCACCCUCUCCAUUCUUGUUUAACUUCUUGUUUUAAGUUUAUCGUAGACGUGCUUUUAGAAAUAACACUUUCCUCAUCCAAAUUUAGAGGGGUUUAACUUCUACCAGGAGAUUCAUUUGUUGACUUGGAAUAUGUCGGUGAUAUAGUUUUAUUUGGUGAAGACGCUGAAAAGAUGCAGUCUUCUGACCACUAUAAGCAACAAUUCAGGCAUGUUCGGGAUGUGAUUCUUCCCCUUGAAAUGCAAAAUGUUACUUCAGGAUUGGGUUGCAUCGACACCCGAACUAAUGAUAGGGAGUGAAGUAGUUGAGCAUGUCCACCGCUUCACUUAUCUUGGGAGUCUCAUCAGCCCUUGUGGUCUGGUGUGUGACGAAAUCUCAGCACGGAUACAGAAGACUCGUCUAGCUUUUGCCAACUUGCGUCAUUUAUGGCGUAGGCGAGAUAUCCGUCUACCAACCAAAGGACGGGUUUGUUGUGCAGCAGUUUGUUCCGUCCUACUUCAUGGCAGUAAAACAUGGCCGAUAAGAGUAGAGGAUAUUCGUAGGCUACUAGUUUUCGAUCAUAGAUGUCUUCGAAGGAUUGCUCGUAUAUCCUGGGACCACCGGGUAAGUAAUGCAGAUGUUAGGAAACGGGUACUAGGUAAGGAUGGCAAAUCGAUUGAUGAAGUAGUGAAACUUCAUCAGUUGAGAUGGCUGGGACACAUGUUACGUAUGACCAACCACUGACUGCCACGACGUGCAAUGUUUUAUGGUGUAGGAUUAGGUUGGAAAAAAGCUAGGGGCGACCAGACCAAAACGUGGCACGAAUCCAUGAAGUCACUGAAAAGUGGACUGAUCCAUGUUGGUGGGUGUAGACCACCUGGUUGGGAUCUGCGAGAUGAUAACGACCGAUGGUUAAAGACCCUGAAUGACAUGUCUCAAAAUCGUUUGCAAUGGCGAAGGGGCAUCCACUCUUUGUGUUCUGCCAAAUUAUAAUCUUCUGAAUUCUUCAUGCCUCUAUCUUUUUUCUCUUUCCAGAUUUAUUUCACUGUAUUAUAUUCCUUGAAUAACAUCUUCAAACCCUAAUCUUUCACAUAAUGCUUAUACUCUUACCACCAGUACCACUGGGAUUUGAAUCGACUUCUGCAUCUCUGUGCUAAUGUUAUAUGGUAACUCGAGCUGAUGUACGUACGUACUAAGUUCCACGUUGUGACUGACUGCAUAUUUUCUGGUGUAGAAAUCGAUAUUAAUUUUUUUUCCAUUUUCUGUACCAUUCAUAAAAAUAUGAACCGUCAACUGGAAAAAGUUAAUUUCGCUGCUUUCAACUGAUAUAUAUUCUCGUUUCACACAUUAUUCUUACCUAUUUCAAAAUCUUAAUCCAUGCUCUUUUAUUUCUUCACAACGUUAUCUCUUUAUUUUGUGUGGUACAUAUUUUUUAUUAUUCAAUCAUACCUGACUUUAUGAGUGCAACACAAAAUAAAUAAUUCUAGUAAAAAGUGGGAUUCGAUUAGAUAAACCUUCGAGCUGAACUAUUUUACCAGUAUCUUAUGAUAGAUUCCUUUAUUUAAAGUGACCAUUCAAUUUUAUGGUGUAAAAGUCUACCUUCGCAAGUCCUAUGAGUUUUAGUGCUUUAUGUAAACUGCUUCCCGAUUGUCCUCCAUAACCACAUUUGUGCUCGUAGUUGUUUAUUUUCAACAUGAAUCCCCAGUCUGUGUAUGUCGGUUUAGCUACAUUACCAGCAAUUUUAGUGUGCAGCUAGCUGAAUCUCAUAGAUGUACGCAAACUUGUAGCGAUUUUCGUACCAUCGUUUUAUCAUACCAUGUAAAGAUUUUUCUAAUUUAACACUAAUACUCUCCCUUAAUUGCUAAACCUUUUCUUUUACAGUGUACGUUUCAUCUUCCCAUUUCCCGAUCCUGCUGCCUAUUCAGACCCAAGAAUGCGAAAUCUAAUCGAAUAUGCGCGCAAAGUUGAACGCGAAAUGUAUGUUACUGCUACAGAUAUUGAUCAUUAUUUUCAUUUGUUGGCUCAGAAGUGUUACAAGAUACACCGUGAGCUAGAAGAAAAACGUAAAAGUCGCCAGCUUGGAGUGGACAGUUCAGUAGGGAGUUCUCAGUCUGUAGUAACAUCAUCUUCUGCUGUUAAUUCGUCGCAAUUGAAUCAGAGUUUAUCCACAUUGUCUAAUCAGUUGGCUUCACCUUCCAAUUCAGUUUCUUCUACAUUAGGUUCUUGCACAGCGAGCAGAGUUCCGAACUCCAAUAUUUCCAACGGUAGCUACAAUUCUUCAAAUGAGAGCUAUGAAAUGAAUUCAUUUGCAACUCAGGAUUCAAACAACUCAGAAACUGACAUGUCAAGAUUCGAGCAUUAUUUACAAAAUGCUUGCAAUCGUCAUCGUUUCAAGUCAGAUUCAGGAACAGCAGGGUCUUCUGAUUCACCUAUUGUGUCCUCAUCAGUUACAAAUCUGAAAACCUCCACGUCACAGCCCAGUAUUAAAUCAACAAUCGAAGAUACAAAAAUGGUCAGCACUCCAGCUGUAGCUGCCUCAGGAGAUAGCAUCCUUGUUAAAAGCAAAGUAGUAAAGGUUGAAAUGAAAGCUGAUGAAACACCAUGUAACGAUCCACCAGUGAAUAAUGAUUCAUUUUCUGUGGACACCACGUCAAACCUUAAUUCAAACAGUGUCCCACUUGCUUCAAACAUGUUACCUGUAAAACCAGAUGAAAGCAAGUGGAAAAAAUGGUCACGCGAAGAGCUUUUGCGCCAUUUCCUUCAAUUACAUGAAGAAGUAUACAAUGAUAAGUAUGCAGAACCUUUCCGCGCUCCAGUUGAUCCAGUGAUGCUACAUAUACCAGAUUAUUUCCAGGUUAUUAAAGAACCUAUGGACCUUACGACUAUUCGAAAUAAUUUGGAGGAUGGUAAGUACACGGACCCAUGGCAGGUCGUGGAUCACUUUCGACUGAUGUUUAAUAAUGCAUGGCUGUACAACAAAAAAACCUCCAAGGUUUACAAGAUGUGCACCAAGUUGGCAGAACUUUUUCAGAAUCGCAUAGACCAGGUCAUGCAAGCAAUGGGGUUUUGUUGUGGUCAGGAUUAUGAAUAUCAACCUCAGGGUUUGUAUUGUUCCUCUUCAAAUUUAUGUACAAUAAACCGGGAUGCUACUUAUUUCGUCUACAUCAACAAUGAUAAACAAAUCGGUCUCGUAUGUGAUAAAUAUUAUCAAUGUGAAAAAUGUUUUAGCGAAGCUGGAGAUGUAAUUAUAUUGGCUGACGAACCAAAUCAGUCUAUCCCGAUUAAACGGGAAAUGUUUGAGAAACGAAAGAAUAAUGUGAAGGAAAAAGAAGAAUUUGUUAUUUGUGUGGAAUGUGGUAGACGUUGGCAUAAAGUCUGCGCCUUACACAUGAACGAAAUAUGGCCAAGUGGAUAUAUUUGUCCUGGUUGUCUACGGGAGCGCGGUAUAAAAAGGAAAGAAAAUCGGUUCACUGCUAAGAAGCUACCCGUAACGCGCCUGAGCAAUUUCCUGGAGAAGCGUGUUAACGAUUUCCUUAAGAAAAAAGAAGUUGGUACUGGAGAAGUUACUAUUCGCGUGUUGGCGAGUUCUGAUAAGGUUGUAGAAGUUAAACCUUUAAUGCGUGCAAGAUUCACUGAAAGUGGCGAAUUGUCUGAAUCAUUUCCUUAUCGACUAAAGGCUGUUUUUGCUUUCCAAGAAAUCGACGGCCAGGAUGUGUGUUUCUUCGGUUUGUACGUGCAAGAAUAUGGUUCAGAAAGUCCUCAACCCAAUCGUAGAAGGGUUUAUGUUGCUUACCUAGAUUCCGUUUUCUUUUUCCGACCAAAACAAUAUAGGACAGAUGUGUAUCAUGAAAUUCUUGUUGGCUAUCUGUUGUAUGCAAAGCGGUGUGGUUAUGCAAUGGCACAUAUAUGGGCUUGUCCACCUGGUGAAGGCGACGAUUAUAUUUUUCAUAUGCAUCCUACCGAGCAAAAAAUUCCCAAAGCAAAACGAUUGCAGGAGUGGUACCGUCGGAUGCUUCAAAAGGCUAUCAUAGAAGGAAUAGUGGUCGACUACAAAAACAUCCUUAAAGAUGCUUUAGAUCAUCAGCUUGUGUCACCUACAGAGAUCCCUUAUUUUGAAGGUGAUUUCUGGCCAAAUACACUUGAAGAUAUUCUUAAGGAACUAGAAGAGGAAGAAGCUCGUCGGCGUCGUGAAGAGGCGAUGGCUCAGGCAGAGGCUGAAGAUGAUGAAGCAGAUUGUUCAAGCUCCACCAACGAGGGACUUCCUGGAGAUCCUGAUAAGCGCAGUGGUAAAAAGAAAGCUAAAAAACGCAAAGGUAACAAGAAGGGCAAUACAUCAACUGCAAGUAAAAGAAAACGCCUAGAUGGGCCAAUAGACGGUGCUGAAGAACUUUCACGAAAGGUGUAUGAUACUAUGGAAAAACUAAAAGAAAUAUUUUUUGUGAUACGCCUUCAUCGACAUAACUCGGCUGCCUCACUUCCACCCACCACUGAUCCAGAUCAACCUGUACAUAGUGAGCUAAUGGAUAGUCGAGAUGCGUUCUUACAGAUGGCCCGGGAAAGGCAUUUAGAAUUUUCAUCUUUGCGUCGUGCCAAGUAUUCUUCUAUGGUCCUCUUGUACGAAUUGCAUAUGGAAUUGCGUCAAAGCUUUAUGUAUAACUGCAAUGUUUGCGGUGCUCAGAUCGAAACUCGGUGGCAUUGUAAUGAGUGUGAAGAAUAUGAUCUGUGCUCUCGUUGUUAUAAGACAGAAAAUCAUCCACAUCCUAUGGUUCAAUAUGGUCUUGGCAUAGAUGAAGAUUCAGGCACAAAUGAAGAAACAGGUGAUAGACCCAGUGGCACUGGUGCUACACCUGAUCGUCGAAUCAGCAUAGAAGGAUGCAUAAGGUCUUUACUUCAUGCUUGCCAGUGCCGAGACGCGAAUUGCCGUAUGCAGACUUGUGCUCAGAUGAAACGAGUUUUAUGCCAUACUCGAAACUGUACCAAGAAAGCGACAAACAGUUGUUUGCUCUGUCAACAGCUGUUGUCACUGUUGUGGCACCAUGCUCGAAGUUGUGAAGAGUCUAAGUGCCCUGUUCCCUUCUGCUCAAACAUAAAGUAUAGAGUUAAGCAAAAGCUAUUGCAGCAGCGGUUGCAACAAAAUAAGUUGCUCAGACGUCGUAUUUCGACAAUGCACCGAGGAGCACUGCCAACCAGUGAAUCACAACCUCCUACACAAAGUUGUCCUACCUCUGCAAUUGUAUCUAUCUCUUCUACUUCUUUAAAUCCAAGUAGCAUUAAUUCAGUGCAUCAAACUCAGUCUCCUAAUCACCAGUCUUUAACCACAAACACAGUGAGAAACCCACAGUUAUCUACUUCCUCAAACUCUGUAGAAAAGCCUCUGAGUAAUACGACUCCUGUUAGUUUUCAACCACAAGCUCAGGUACAACAACAAGGUCCAGUAUUGCUUUCCACGGGAAAUCCUCAGUAUUCUCAGCCACCUCGUAUCCCAGUGCCGACUGUCGCUUCUCAGAACAACCAGAGUGCAAACCCACGUCCACCUGUUGUAUGUUCUUCAGUAAUGCCUUCUGGAGGUCGUGUCAUAAUGCAGCCACCAAUAAAUACAGGCCCCGUACAACGUACAAAUACUCCAGUCACUGUGUCCGUCACCUCAGGUUGGAGAGCUCGCCCAGUAAUAGCUACUGCAUCUCAAGGUACAGUCCAUUCGUCUACCGGACAACUAAUACAAUCACAAGCGCAGCCAGCUUCUGCAACAUCAACUCACUCUUCUGUGUCUAUCCUUAAUCCUGUAAACAGUCAAAAACCAACCAUAUCUAACAAACCUACGCAAGUUGAGAUAGACCAUGUUAGUCAAGUAAUCAGCCUUAUUAAGGCUACCGGAACUUCAAGCGAUGAACAAAACCGUCGGUUUAUCGCAUGGAUUAAACGCCAUCCCGAGUUUCAUGCUGCCUUUUUUGCUCUACACUCACAACAUAAACAACAAGCUGAGCUACGUGCUCAAGCAAGUCAAAGGCGUGUGACUACAUCGGGAAGUAUGCCUGGUACGUCAUCACUAUCUGCGAGUUCUGCAAUUGCAACUUCCUCGAUAUCUGACGCCUCCCAAUCUCUUCUAGGUUCUAGUGGGGUCACGGGUAACGUUGUUAUCGUCCCAUCAUCUGUAUCUGCUAAUUCGAAUUCUCAGAACACAGGAUUAAGUCGAACCCAAAAUAUAAACAGUCUUUCUACACCUAUGUCGUCCAUGUCUGUCGUUACUGGUUCAACUUCUUUAGGUUCCACUCCUACUGUGAUGCAUCAACCUGUUCAGUGGAUUUCUAUUCAGUCACCAAUCACUACGAAUCAUCACCAACCUUUGAUUACUGGAUGUACUGCACAACCAAUCCAAACUGUUCCAAACACUACGACUCUGCGUUUCCGAGCAGUUCCAGGUACUGCGACAUUAGUGCAGUCACAACCACAACAAGUACAGCAUUUCUAUAAUACGACUCAACUUGGUCCGGAUUCUGCGUUCAGUGGCAAUGAUUCUGGAUCUAACAUGUUUGUUUCAGCUACUGGUCCCAGUAUAUUGUCUGUAGGAAAUCAGCAGUCUCAAGUUCUUAGUGCUGUUCCUCAGCGCUUAACUCCAGCUUCAAGUUCAAGUAUUGGUCGUCAGUCCUCUACACCACAAGCAGCUAUUGUGCACUUUAGAUCACAGCAACACCAACCCUUGAGUGGUACAGUAAAUCCUAUGCAGCCUCAUAUAAUACUUACUAAUACAACCGCUCCUGCAAGUGGCCCAACCCACCUCUCCCACCAGUCCCAACCGCAACUUGUUUCUGCCACUUCUAAUGGUCGUCAAGUUGUUGCUUUAAUGACCCACCAAAAUAUUCCUCAUACAAAUGUAUCUGAUCCAGGAGCCCCUUUACGCGAUUCUGGUUCCAAUAAUUCUGCUAAUAACCUUGGCAACGGCAUACAAUGAUUUCUGUCUUUAAACGUAGUGAGAACACACUUUCAUGUUGCUGGCUGUGUAAGUAAUUUAAAAGCUGUUUUUGAGCUGACAUGACAUGGUCAUGUUUUCUGUAUCAAUCCAAUUGCUAGUUAAUUUAUCCUAAAUCGCACCGAUAAAAACACUUAUAUGAAUUGCAGGCUCAAACUAUUAUUCAGGGAGGGGACUGUUAAUAAAUGCUCCAUGUCCCUUCGCUCUAACAACUUUGUGAUUCGUUAAACCUUAACGUCGCAUUUAUGUUAAUUUUGAUUCCUGAAUUUUCAAGCCAGUUGUGUGCAUUCUUUCACUUUGCUCCGGUGGUCGUUCGCUCUGUUUGGUUGCUGCGCACAUUAUUUUGAUACAUUUUGUAGUAACCCCUCCCUGCUUGAUAGUGCUUACACAUCAAAUGAGUUCAUAAUUCCCGAGGAUAUCCAAAUUGUUUUCCCCCGUUGUCUUUAUUUCCUGUUUAUUACGGUCUUCGGAACAACUUCACAACUUCAUCAGAUCUUACGAAAUUCACUGGUAACGAAUGAUUUGUUUACUUUUAGAUUCAAAUUUGUUUUCUUAUUUAAAUGUAUAAGCUAAUCUUUUUUGGCUCAUAUUUUUCUUUUCUUCAGCUUGUUCUAUCAAAUCAGGUUGAAGUGUGUUAAAUAUUUAUCACUGUACACAUAUAUGUCAGAGUUUUAGAACUGGUUUGGUUGCGCCUCCAUUUGUUCAAUAUCCCAAAAAAUAGUUUAACAUUGCCUUCCCCCCCCCCAACGUCUUUAUUCGAACUUCGGGGUAAUAUAGACUUGUGUUGUAUAUAGCCGAAGAAAUUAAUCUCCUAAAUACCCUUCUUUAUUGCCUAGCUUUGUACAUGCGACACAUACUUUGUGCAGUUAACAUUUUUCUUUCUAUCAAAUUUCCUUCCAUUAUAGUAUAGUAUAACUUUGCUUAUGUAUAUGCUUUUAAAAUCCGGUCUGUUGUCUUUUCACUGAUGUAUCCCCAACACUUAUUAUCUUCGAUUUCUCUUUGUACGCAUGAAAUGCGCCUGCUUAUAGGUCACCCACAAAAUUACUUUACUCUGUCUUUGUAAAUUAUUUUCUCUUUUUAUUAAGAGUUCUAUUGUCUAUUAUGUCUUUUUAUGAAAUUGAAAAUCGGAUAAUUGGAUUAUGUGCUGUUGAAAUAAUUUGUUUGGUUUGUUGUAUCAGGAUUAAAAAUCACUCCUGACUUUUGGGAAUUGGCAUUAAAUUUAGUCGCAUUAGUCAUUCAGGAACACAGAUUAAUCGGAGUUUGAUUCUAGAAAAAGCUUAGUUCUGUCAUUAUGGUAUUAUAUCAUAAAACAGUCAUGAUUUAUUCUCUAGAAAUGCAGUUUGAGACCUGCGAUUUUAAAUUCCGCACUAAAUACAAAUUACAAACCAGC